CCUCACGCGUUACACAGAAUUUCCCCCGCGACACGCCCUUUACAUGGCGGACAGAUACAGCUUUUGGCAAUGAUAGAGGGCAACAACAAUACUUGCAGGGCCGGCCGGGACGACAUCUGGGGGAAAUCACAUCCGCGCGACCUCCGUCUUCAGAUCUACAUUUCGCUCACCCUCGGUUUAGGAGCUUUUCUUACCUUCUGCUUCCUACGUCCACGAUGGAAAGGUCUCUACGCUGCACGCAAGAAGCAGAACGAUCUUGCGACAGCGCUACCCGAGCUCCCCGAUAGCUUCUUUGGGUGGAUCAUACCGCUAUGGAAGAUCACGGAUGAGCAGGUACUGGCUUCAGCAGGCCUGGAUGCCUACGUAUACCUCGCCUUCUUCAAAAUGGCUAUCAAGUUCCUCCUCGUUACGCUUUUCUUCGCUCUCGCCGUCAUAAAGCCCGUGCAUGACACACACCCGGAAGGCAAGAAAUCACCACUACCUGACGAUCCUAACGACCACCGCAUCCAAGCUCGCUCUACCUUCUCGACGCUAGCGGCCGAAUACGAAUACUAUACCGAUUACCUUUGGAUGUACAUCGUCUUCGUAUACCUAUUCACUGGGCUCAUACUGUAUUUAAUCGUCUCAGAGACAAGGAGAAUCAUCGACAUCCGCCAGGAGUAUCUUGGUAGUCAGACUACCAUCACCGAUCGAACCAUCAGACUGUCAGGCAUCCCCAUCAAACUUCGGUCUGAAGAUAAGAUCAAGGAGUUUAUCGAAGAUCUAGAAAUCGGAAAGGUCGAGAGCGUGACCCUUUGCAAAAAUUGGAAAGAGUUAGAUGAGCGGGUGGUUCAAAGAGAAACCAUCUUGAGGAAGCUUGAGGAAGCUUGGACUGUUCACCUUGGCAGUAAAAGGGUGGAGCGAAGCUUGGAAACUCUCCCCAUAGUCCAGCCAACCCCACCAGAGUCGGAGGGCCAUGACCGUGGAAAUGAAAGUGAAGCAAGCCACCUGCUGGGCGACGUAGACAGAGAUCCGGACUACGUCAUUCCGUAUGCCCAGCAACGUCCAACAGCGAAAAUCUGGUACGGCCGCUGGAAGCUGAGAUACAAGAACGUGGACGCCAUUGAUUACUACGAGGAGAAGCUGCAUAAGAUUGACGAGGAGAUCAAGGUCCUUCGGAAGAAAGACUUUGAACCGACUCCGUUGGCUUUUGUGACGAUGGACAGCGUUGCAAGCGCUCAAAUGGCGAUUCAGGCUGUGCUUGAUCCGUCACCGUUGCAGCUUCUGGCGAACAACAGCCCUGCACCCUCCGACGUGGUAUGGUCCAACACCUAUCUCUCUCGCGCCCAAAGAAUUACCCGCUCUUGGUCAAUCACCUUCAUCAUUGGGAUAUUGAGUAUUUUCUGGACCGUUCUACUCGUCCCUAUCGCUGGCGCCUUGAACACAUGCUCAAUUCAUGAGGUAUUUCCCGGACUAGCGGACGCGUUGGACAGGCAUCCAGUUCUUCAAUCCCUCGUCAAUACUCAAUUGCCAACAUUAGCACUUACUUUGAUCAAUGUAGCCGUGCCUUUCCUUUACGAUUGGAUGGCGAACAAACAAGGCAUGAUCUCGCAAGGCGACGUUGAGCUUUCUGUGAUCUCGAAGAACUUCUUCUUCACUUUCUUCAACUUCUUCAUACUUUUUACCCUCCUUGGAACUGCAUCCGGUCUUGUGGACAUGUUCACUCGCUUUGGCAAGAACCUCAACAGCGCCACCCAAAUCGCGUAUGCUUUAGCCAAAUCUUUGUCUGAUCUGCUAGGCUUUUACACGAAUUUCAUCAUCUUACAGGGCUUUGGCUUGUUUCCGUUCCGCCUCCUGGAAUUUGGUGCCCUCUCCUUGUACCCUGUCUACCUAAUUGGAGCAAAAACACCUCGAGAUUAUGCAGAACUAGUUCAGCCUCCGGUGUUCAGCUACGGUUUCUUCUUGCCGCAGACAAUUCUCAUCUUCAUCAUCUGUACGGUUUAUAGUGUGUUGAGGGACUCCUGGCAAGUCCUACUUACCGGUCUUGCGUAUUUCAUGAUUGGUCACUUUGUCCACAAGUACCAAUUGCUAUAUGCCAUGGAACACCGUCAACACUCGACUGGUAGAGGUUGGACUAUGAUGUGCGAUCGUGUCAUCGUGGGUGUCGUACUCUUCCAAAUCACCGUUGCUGGCGAAUUGGCUUUGAAGAAGGCAUUCAAGCGCGCCAUUAUCGUGGCACCACUGAUUAUCGGCACCCUCUGGUUCCUCUUUGUGUUUUCUCGGACAUAUCGCCCAUUGAUGAAGUUCAUUGCCUUGCGAAGCCUUCGAAAUCCAGAGCAGUCGGAUCUUGGACGCGAUAUCCAGGAAGAAGCCGUCGCAUCUGGACGAGAAGGACGGAGGAUGCGAGGAGGAAGACUCACUGUAGACGAAGCAAGAGAGAGCGGGCUACGGUUUGCUAACCCGAGUCUGAUAAUGCCUCUGAAUGACGUCUGGAUCCUCAAUAGCUCCGCGCGAUCCCAGAACGGAUCUGGCGUGCAUAUCACUGCGCAACGACAUCGCACCUCCAACGGGGGUGCUGCAGCAACGUCUUCACAAAUAUACCUCUCUCGGGGGGUAGCCGGAACAAAAUCCGAACCAGCUUUGCCUGUGCUCGAUCUACAACCCAUUCAACGCGCGUCGUAUUUCACAGCACCGACCGCUCGAAAGCUGUCUCUUAGUCCGUACCGACUUUCCAACGAACGCAUGUCGCACAUACUAGAACACCCUGCUCCAACUCCGCGAGUUGCCAACUCAAGACGGUUAUCGGCGAGUGAGCAAUCACCAGUUUCCUCCAACUACCCUGAACACACUCCAACAUAUCCUACAAAACGAUCAGAGGUUUUGCGCCAUGUCUUCCCACGUCCAUCGCGCAGUCGUGCUCCACAAGGCCGGGAAGUUACAUGUCGUGUCACGAAGCCGGAUCACUACCACAUUGCAAGUUCGUCCAGGAUGCAAUCAAGACCUCGAGUAGCGUUUCACAGAUACAUGACCUCUAUUUUCGGCAAUAGCUGGGAGCGUAACGUACACGCAAGCAGCCCUCAGAACAGAUCCAGAGCCUCAAGCUUUGGUUCCAGGCCAGGGUCAUCCAAUCAUGGAUCAGUGCCCAGUCUAGACUUGGUGUCACCCGGUACGUUUGUGUUCAGUGGGCCAAGUCUUCGGUCUGAGGAUUCCAUCAAUGAUUCAACUUCCCGUCUCCCAAGUCUUGCCGCAAGCAGCGACAUCCAACGACUGGUCCGAAAUCGAACAGACUCUUUCUCCAUGCUUGACAGUUCCAGUGUUAUUGAUGUGGGAAUACUUGAGCCUGUCGUGGAACGAGGCAUUACUCGCACUGUGUCAGACGUUCUACUUGGUAUCAGCACACCGAUUGAGGAAGCGGAGAGUUUCUCGCUCAGCGAGUUGGAACAGGAUGCUAUCCUCGAUGACACAACAUGCAAUCAAAAUUGUACGGCACUGGAAGAGAAAGCGCUGAGAUUGUCAAACCGAGUAUGGUACCGCGCUCUUGCUGCAGCGGCGCCUCCCAUAUUUCCUGCAUCAUACCGCCUACCUGUCGAGGUCGUGCAACAAGUCUACGAUUACCUUGGUCCCAAGGAUUUCAACGCUGCUCGGCAUACUUGCCGAGGCUGGAUGAGGGCCAGCCUUACCAAGAGCCUGCUAAGCACGAUGUUGACAAGAGGUGGAUGGCUGAGCAGCGCUGAAAGCGCCCUUCACGCCACACGUCAUGCAGCAAACCAUCAUCCUUCGAGCAUCCCACCAACUAGAGAGUGGUUGCUCAGCCGGCAUCUUUCACGACAAUGUGCGUUAGCAUCCGGCUGGACUGGGAACGGGCUAGACAGUCGACCCGCCAUCGUAGAGAGCUCUCAAGUUGACUUUGCAGAACUGUGCAAUGGUUACACUGGCUCAAGCCGUCGUGAAAGUAGUAACCUGAUCUUUGCGACAAGUGUAUGUGGUCGGUUCUUAUGCGUCGCACGGGACACUUUGAUCUACAUUUACGAAGUUCAAAAUGGCUUGCUCACGCCUGCAACGAGCGUAGUGUGUCCGAGAAGGGUUCUUUCAAUGAGUAUGGAUGUCUCUUCAGGUCGACACGCCAUCGCCGCGCUCCUUGAAGGUAGAAUGGGUAUGGUUUGCGAGCUCUGCUAUGGCCGCAAACCCGGAGAUGAGAGCCCACUCGAAGUUCGUGUCGAAAACCCACAUCGAACGACGACCAAGAAUGCAAGCAUGGCCAGUCACGCCAGUGAGUCCAAGGACGGCCUGGGUUUUGCGGAGUGUGCCUCACCCCAAGUACCUCCCGACCUUCCCUGCGUUCAAGAGAGUGAUUUUGAAACUUUCAAUGCAAUUAAUGUGCAAUCGAAUUACCAAGACGUCAGCCUUCGAGGGACGGAUGAUCAGCGGACGUUUGAUCGAAAUCUUAUCAAUCACACGUGGAACUUGAACCUGCAUGGUCCUUUGACGACCAAGUUUAGCCCAAGUUCACUUCGUCAGAGUAUACCCAUUGAGAGUGGCACGUCCACAUUCUACCGACACCUUUGCUCUGAAGACGACCCGCCACGCAGUGUUUCGAUUUGUCCACAACGGCGUUGUGUUGCCUUUGGCUGUUCUGCGGGAAUUGAGCUACACUGGAUUGACGCGCUUACCGGGCAAAGCUUGGGGCGCUGGUUUCCACUCACUGCACCAAGCGAUUACCUGUACUUCUUGUCUCCUCGUCCUGGUUUCGAGUCUGCCAAGAAACUGCGUCUCAUAUCCAGUGCGGCGCAUCCCGAUCAUCGCCCCGCCAUCAUCCGCAGGUUCUUCUCUAGUCGACCGACUGUAAGCUCCUUCUGGGAUUCGUUUGGACUCGAGUCAAGCUCUCGUCGUCCAACGUUACCGAGUUGCGACCAUUAUCAUGCCGUUCCGCUAAGUGAUGGCCAUCAUGUCUUGUUCAUUGAUCCGUCAACUAGCAAAUUGACAUUGGGCUGUGAUGCACCCCUCGGUAGGCCCACAAAGCUCUUGCGCAAAAUUGUAUUCAUUCCACCAGAGGAGAAGGUGGUUCCCAGACUCUACACUGCAGCCGCAGAUAUGUCGCAGGGCUGCCGGGUUUUAGUGGCCUAUGGUGAUACUAUCAUGUUAUACAGCAUCCCGCCUGAUAUCUGCAACCUUUCUCGACUCGAACAGAAGACAGAAAGCUGGGAUGUAUACACCGCGCUUCCGUUCUCCACCGAAGGGCGCGUGGAAAACCACUGGCUUAGUUGGUGGGACGAGCCCUUUGUCUUCGAUCCCGCCAACCGCGAUAAUAGCAACUCCAUAUGGCCAAUUGCCAUACGGGGUACAGAGAUUGGCCAACUUUCAGGCGUAUGCGAACUUGCAGUCCAGACGCAACCCGAAAUAUUAAUGUGGGCUUUCACACAUUCUUCGCAAUGUAAAACUUGGCGUCUUCACAACCAUGCCGACCCGAUCGUUCGCUCGAAAAGGUAUAUUUGUCGAAGCGGUCUCGUGCACGAUUCCUACUCCAUCGAUGACACUGGCGAUGUCAUCAUGGAGGAUACUCCACCUAUCGACCUACAUCACGAGGAGAACGAGUCAGAGACGCCUCAAGCUGAGGGAUCCGUCAUUGUAGGGUUUGAUGGAAAUGCGUCUGGUGUGGUGAAGAGAAUCCCCAAAGCACUUGCCAUCGAGAACGAUGAGUGGGUGGAUCUGUUAGAUGUGAGAGGUGCUUCGCAUGCGUGGUUUGACAGAGACGGGGAUGUCGUCAUCUGUUAUGGAAGUUGA